AACCCAUUAUUUGGCAAUUAAUUGCAACUUAUCAGGGCAAAGUAAACGAAAGAUUUUGGAAGAGGAUAGCCCAUAGACUUGGUGGCUGUGGCUAUGCGCCACAUACGAACUCAACCCUAAAUGGAUGGAUAACCGCUUUCUUACCAUACGAUCGACAUGGAAAUGCGUUGAUAGGAAGUUCCAUCGAUGAGUGCGAUUUACCUGACGGAAAGGUUGUCAUCCCAUUUAAUGUAAAAGGAUAUACAUCCUUAAAACUAAUAUCGGGAUUUUUAGGGGUUAGGCAAGAUAUUAUCGAAGAGAGCGGAGAAUUAGUGGUAUCUCCGGUUAUUGGAUGGGCGGUUGUUGAAGAUAAAAGUAAGACCAAGCCACGCUUUUGGAAGUUUUUUCAAUAG